CUAGCAGGAAGCUUCCUUUAGACAGUUGAUAUUUCUGCUCCAAUGGACAAAGGUCUUCACUUCAUGUUAUGUGUGACUGCAGCUAUGCUACUCCUGAGAGAAUCAAGUCAGACAGGAACUAAAAGGAAGGAUGAUGCUGUGGGUAAGAGCAGUGAACUGAGGGGACUAGAAGGGGGUCUUCCCACUUUGACUGUCACAACAAUCCUGGAAGAUCCUUAUGUCAUGGUGAGAAGUGCAGAGCUGGAGGGGUACUGCAUGGAUCUGCUGAAGGCCCUGGCUGGGAUGCUGCACUUCAGCUACAGGGUGAAGGUGGUGGGAGAUGGGCAGUAUGGGGCUGUCACUUCCAAUGGCAACUGGACAGGGAUGAUUGGGGAGAUCCUGAGAAAGGAAGCAGACAUUGCAGUGGCUCCAUUGACAGUCACAUCAGCAAGGGAAGAGGUGGUCUCCUUCACCACCCCCUUCCUGCAGACUGGGAUUGGGAUCUUGCUGCGCAAAGACACGGUCUCUCAGGAGAUGUCCUUCUUCCACUUCCUGGCUCCUUUCAGCAAGGAGAUCUGGACUGGCCUUUUAUUUGCUUAUGUGCUGACCUGCUUCUGCCUCUUUCUUGUGGCCAGACUGAGCCCCUGUGAGUGGAAUGAGCCCAAGAAUGAAGAGAACCACUUCACCUUCCUAAACAGCCUCUGGUUUGGAGCAGGAUCACUCACCCUGCAAGGUGUCACCCCCCGGCCCAAAGCGGUGUCGGUUCGGGUGAUUGCUGCCGCCUGGUGGCUGUUCACCAUCGCUCUGCUGGCUGCAUACAUCGCCAACUUCACCGCCCUCCUGAGCUCGGGCACCGAGCAGCUCCCCAUCCAGACUUUUGAAGAUCUUGUGAAGCAAAGAAAGAUCGAGUUUGGGACACUGGAGGGCUCCUCCACUUUCUACUACUUCAAGAACUCCAAGAAUCCCAUCCAUCAGAUGAUCUACGAAUAUAUGGACAAGAGACGAGACCACGUUUUGGUCAAGACCUACCAGGAAGCCGUUCAGCGUGUGAUGGAAUCAAACUACGCCUUCAUCGGGGAAUCCAUCUCCCAGGACCUGGCAGCCGCCCGGCACUGCAACCUGAUCCGAGCCCCUGAAGUUAUCGGAGCCAGAGGAUUCGGCAUCGCCGCCCCCCAGGCCUCCCCGUGGACCAAGAAGCUUUCCAUUGCUGUCCUCAAACUCCGCGAGUCGGGCGACCUGGAUUACCUGCGGAACAAGUGGUGGGAGAGCAGCUGCCUGAGCCAGAGCCGGGACCGCUGGAGCCCCCUGCAGCCGCAGGCACUGGGAGGGCUUUUCCUCACCCUGGGCGUGGGGCUGGCUCUGGGAGUGAUCGCGGCCGUGGUGGAGCUCUCCAACAAGAGCAGACACGCUGCUGGGCACCUCAAGAAAUCAUGUUGCUCUGUUUUCACAGAAGAAAUGUGCACUCGCCUACGUAUAAAAGAAAAUACAAGACAAAGCCAGGAGACUUCAGGGAGGGCUAAUGCUUAAUUUUUUUUUUUCUUAAAAAUGGGCAUGUAUUAGGUUCAUACCAUACACAUUUCAUAGGAACUACAUCACUGUAGAGAGAUGUUUUUCUGCAAGUCUAGA